UCGACGAUUUUAUUGUAAAAUAAGUACUGCUAUCAAAUAACUUUUUGAAAAGUUGGUAAUAUUGACAUGUUUUACACGCUCGUUUUACAUUUAGCUUUUUACAGUAUUGAGCAGUAUAACAUUGUGUCACAGUUGUGGAACACUAUGUAAGACGUAUUACACAGUGUCAUCUGUGUACAUUGUUGGAAAACACCCAAAAUCAGUUUAUACUAAAUUGUUUAGAAGCCGUAAACGUAUAGAAGUGUAAAUGUCAGAAUCUCCGUUUAAGCAAUGAGAGUGAAUUAAUUUCUCAAGAUUAAAACUACAAAAUCUAUAUUACGGCCAGAUAUUGGACCUAAGAUCGAAGUGAGCCGACGAAAAUCGAUCGUCCUACAAUACGGUGAAGAGCUACAUGCUAUUUCCCCCACCAUGAACUCUGUCAUUGGUGCGCCGAGCGAAAGGGAAGGGUUCUAUUCAUCAACCGUUCAAUAAAACGAAUCCGAGACGAAGAUUCUAUGUGCAAAUGGUUAUGAUUUCAUAUGAACAUUGGACAUCGUCAAGAAGGUGAUUAUAAAUUGGGCCUAAUAUACCUAAAUAAUUAGGAUUAUGGAAUUGUAUAACAGUAAUUAUGCUAAAUGUAUGCUACUCGUGGCAGAGCGAUUAAAUCAAUAAGAUCUUAUUUGUAUGCACAUGUUCAAUUUGAAUAUAAAUAAUUUAUUUUACAAUACAUUUUUAUAAAAAGGAAAAAUUCGAAUGAAAUGAAAUGGUGAAUGCAACUGUCAGAACCAAACCAUGUUUUUGAAUUUGAUGCCGAUGGCAAAUAAGAGACCUAAUUUAGAAUUACGAAUUAUUGUACGCCUUCGCAGUGCUAUAAGUGAACGUAAAUGAAGCGGCGAAAUUUUUUGAAAAAUAAAUGCCGAUAUAUAUAUGUGCUAGUUAAAAUAAAGAUUUCCUUAUUGCGCAGCAAAUCGGGAAACGUCACAAGCGCAGUUUCUGCUCGCAUUUUUUGACGCUUCGUGCACACUCGGCAAUCUCCGGGAUGGAAACUCGGGGCCUAAGUGCAGUGUACUCACGCUCGAUGCGCAGAUCUGUCGAUGACGUUGAGGCUAGUUCGCGCGGUUUCUUUAACUCGUGUUUGAUAAUACGAAGGAAGCGAUGCGGGGAGCGGCGAUAACGACAUACGCUCAUCCGCAACAUUCCACGUUCGUGUGUUCGAACAAACCUGUUCUGUUCUCCAAGUGUCACUGUACGCUUCGUGGCGUCUCGUUUGUGCUGAACGAACAUCACUAAUAAAGCGUACUCUUUGCAAUCACAGCUCCUCUGUGCGUUCUCGAUCUCAUACUCUUCGAUGCAAAACAAAUCUGCUUUGUUCAAGGGGCAUGAUAUUUUUAAGGUGAUACACACCUAAGUGAUUUCAUACGGAUAAGUGCGUUUCCGUCUCAGAUUGCACGACAGCAUGACUCGUCGUGAUGGCUUUUACCUGAAUUAAAAAAUAAAAAAAAAAGAAAAAGAACCGCUGAACUAUAAACGCGAGAUCAUCAGGAAUAAAAGCCAUUCCUUCUUCAAGUACACCUUUUAUGUUUGUAGAAGGAACACGCUGUAAAACUUUCAGUGGGAGAUACUUGUCUACGGUCCGCCAUCUUUCAUCUCGAUAAGGUCAGGGCCCUUGGCCCUCUAGGCAGGGGCCUGAUUGUGUACCGUUCGAUGUCCGCGACAUCAACACAAUUUCCGCGACAAUUUGUGCACGCAUUCGACGUGCAAAUUUUUUAUUUUAUCGAAACACGUCGAAUUUAUGCACCAGUCGUUAUGGUCAGCAAAAUAGUGUGACCUCGUGCACGAUGGGCAUCGAUCCAGAAUAAAACGCGCUUGCGCGUAUAUGGUACAAUUGAAAAGUAUUUGAUAAUCAAGGAUAAAUGAACAGUAACAUUUUAUAAUGGAGAAGGCACGAGCUGGAAUAGUAGACAAUUCAGAGUCUAGUUCUACAGUCUCAAGUGUCAAUAGAAUUGAUAUUGAUGAACUGUCAAAGGAAAAGGAAGAAGAAUUAUUAUUUUGUGAGGAAGAAGGAGACGAUGAAGAUACACUAUCUGAUGAUAGUUUACGCUUGAGAUUAUCUGACGAGGAGGAUGCUGAGCAAGAUAUUACAGUAAAUGACACAAAUAUCAUGAAAUUAAAAUCGCAGAGUAGAACAAUUGAACAACCAAUUUUAGAUACAAUCGUGGAAGGGACAUUGUCUUCUGAUCUACAGCAGACUGUGGAAAAAGUUUCUAAACCUAAUAUUGAAAAAUCAACGCAGGAAAUAUAUAACACAGCAGUUAAGAUUCCAGAAAAAUCAGCAUUAGAUGAAUACACACCCGAAAACAAACAAAUACAAGAUAGUAUACGUAAUUUGGAAAAUACAAGAGCGACUGUUAAUGAAUCUAGUGAAAAAUGUACGUUCUCAUCUAGCAAAGACUUAAAAAUUACGGAUAUAAAGAAUGAGUGUUCAGCAUCUGAACAACAUAUAACAUCAAAAAAUGAUAAUUUAUCUAUAAUAAAUAAUUGUACACAAACAGGUAAUCUUCGAAACGCAGGACUAACAAUUCACAAUGAAGAAAAUCUAAAAAAGACAGCCAGCGAUAAUAAAGAAACAAUUACGACAAAUAUCUGUGAGCUAAAUAAAUCAGACAAUGUAGACAGUAAUAAAUCUUCUGUAAAUUCGAUUAAUAUUAAGAUUUAUAAUGAUGAAAAAUUGUCUACAAUUACAACUAUUUCUAACAGUAAUGAUGAUAAUUUAAAAGAUAAAAUAAUAGAAAAACAUAUUAAAAAUGAUAGUCAAUCUUCGAAAUGCUCAUAUGCCGAAUCUAAUGUUACUUCAGAUUAUGUGGAUUUAGUAAAAUCUGGCAAUUCUAAUGAUAAUAAUAAUUCAUCAUCUUAUAAAGACAUUAUUGCACAUAAAAGUAAAAACAAUAAUUUAGAGUCUGUGGACAUAACAGAAAGCAAAAAUACAUCAAACGUAUCAAAAAUUACAGAAAAAGUAACGAAUAUUUUAUUGAUACAAAAUAAAAAUAAUUUUUCCAAUAUUAAAGACAACACAGAAGUAAGGAACAAAGACAGUGAUACCAAUGAUAAAUCUGUAAUCGAAACUGUAAAUAAUUCAUUAGAACAAACCCUUUUAUUAACACUUAACGAUGUAAAUGAUUCUGAUAACCAUAAUGGAACUAAAAACGUUGACACUGUUAUUCCAAGAAGAAAACGAAUUAAAAAAACAGUCGGUACAGUACAAGAUCAUGCCGAGGAAAUACAAGAGGAAAAGGAGAGUAGACGAGAAAAACGGAAGACUGCUAGAAAUGCAGAAGAGAUAAUCAAGAAAAAAUAUCUUAAUAGCGAUAGCGAUUCUAACGAUAAUACAGAACAAUUAGUAAUAAAUAAUAAAUUAAAUCAGGAUAUAAUUCCUGUGCCACCUUUAGUAGCGAUAAAACGUAAUUGUUCAGAAAGCGAGGUAUUUAAUGGUAUUAAAAAAGCAAAAAUGAAUAUCAAUUCCGAGGAAAAGAAAGAUGUCACACAAUUAUCUUUUAUUGAGAAAUUUUUCCGGAGGGAUAUUAAAGAGAAAUUACCAAAACUUACACAAGAGGAAUUGGAAGAGCUUCUGAUUCAAAAGAUCGUUGAAACGAUUGCGAUGCGCAGUGAAAUUGGACAACUUAGAGAACAAGCACGCAUAUCAGAAAAAUAUCAGGAAAUAACGCGUACAAGAAUGGAGCAAUUAAUGAAGCAAGUAAAAGAUUUCGAGACAGUUCUGGAUCGUAAUAAGUCAGACCGCCGUGCAAAUCCCAACAAAUCUAUCGCCCCUAUAAAGAUAAACAGAUCCGUAGGCUUGCAAGUCAACUUCAUAACGGAACAUGGAAUACAGAACUUACGGCAGACUGCAAAUCUCAAAUCUGCAGUAAACAUCGUAAACAACAGUAGUUCUCCAUCUUCUGCUGAAACAAAUAACAAUUCAUCAAGCCUAAGACGUAGUGGAAUCAAAGUAAGAUCGCCGCGGCCUGUAGUGACCAUGCCUACUCCUGUAACGACACAGAGUUCAGCCCAAACAGCGCCUCUUAUUUCAACUGUGACACCCGCAGCUUUAGUUGUUGCUAAACCCUUGGAAUCCCAACACACUUUAACGCUGUCCAACCAGCCUACGAAUAUGAAGCCAAUCUUAACUACUUCGCAACAGCAGAUUCAGUCGCAGUCACAGGCUAUUGUCUUAAAUGGUAAAAUAAGUCAAGUAAAUCGUCCGAUAGCUCCAAAACCAAGAAAUAACGAUCUUAUCGAUCUUACGGAUGAGGAAGAAAAGAAUAAAUCAAAUGCAAAAGUUACGACUGUAACUACAACUCCUAUAAUUGAGCAGCCAUUGAAUGUAACACCGAAAUCAGCGCAAUCAUUCCCAAGAGUAUUACAAACAAUACCGGCAAAUGUAGCAAUUACGACACAACCGACUAGUAUAAAGGUGAUAACAACUAGUCAACAACCAGCACCAACUGCCCUUGUUAAUAAUGUGAAUCCGCCCAGGCUAGCAUACGUAAUGCAAAGUAGCACUGGCUCACCAAGGCAGGUGUUGAUAGCAUCGAACCCCAAUCAGCAAGUACAGAUACGGCCAGUGAUGAACACACCUAAUAGACCACCUUUUUCAACUGUCACUUACAAAGGAAUAUCAACGAUCACGAAUGGUACCGUACGCGUACUAACCACGCCAGUUCUAUCAAAUGUACAAAUAAGUAAGCAUCCAGCACCUCUGCCAGACAUUCCAAAUUAUGCACCGACGCCUGGCUGGAAACUUCCACCGCCUGCACCAUCGUUGAAGAUUUCAAAAGUGUCAAAUGGGAUAGUGCUAUCCUGGAACAUGAGCUUAUCGGAUAAAUAUGCGGAUAUCGCGAGUUAUCAAUUAUACGCGUAUCAGGAAGUCGCUGGUGUGAAUCCCAACACAUCAUUAUGGAAGAAAGUUGGGGAUGUUCGUGCACUGCCACUUCCCAUGGCAUGUACGUUGACUCAGUUUUCCGAGGGUAAUAAUUAUUAUUUUGCGGUCAGAGCAGUUGAUACACAUUCUAGAAAAGGACAGUAUAGUAUGCCUGGCAAUAUCUCUUUAUAGAGUAGUGACAUCAAAUUUUAGAAGAUCUCAGUUCUUUCUGUUUCUCCUUUAUUUUUGUACUUGUGUUCAACGCGUAAUUGUGAUAAAAAUAGUUUGUAGAUAAUAUCUCAUAAUAUCACAAUACGAAUCUGAUUUAACAAUUGAUUUAGCUAAUGUUUAUAUUUCGGAUUAUUGAAUCUAAAUAU